AGCGCCCGCCGGAAGGUCGCGUAUAUCUGCGGAUCUGCGCGCGCCCGCUGCUCCCAGUCGAGGCCCACAGCCGCGACCGCCGGCUGUCCGCACACACGUGCCGGCGCGGGAAGCACGCUGCGGCCGAGCAGGUUUCUGGCAGAGAUGCAGCUUAAAACCGUUGCGGCAUGGUUGCUCGUCACGACUGCGGUGGUUUUAGUGGUGGCCGCAGGGGAGAGACACGAUCCAGCCACCAUGAGCAAGAGCCUCCUCAGCCGCGUCUUGGACCACCUCUCCGGAAGAACUAUCCUGGACGGGCUGGCGCGGAAGCUGACCAACCUGACAGACCGCCCGAUAGACAUCUCCCGGCUGGCGGAGGGCUACAGGCAGCGCAUGCACAAGCCGCAGCGGCUGCUCGGCCUGCCCGCACUCGACCCCCUCCGGAUGGACAGCAUGCCGCUCAACUUCGACAGCGACAUGGCCAAGGUGAGAGGUGAGGCAUGGAACGUGACGGUGGUCGGCAUCUCGGGCAUGCGCGCUCGCCAGCUUCGGCUGCGGCCUCUGUCCUCCAGGGUGGACUUCGAGCUGCUCUUCCCGUCGGUCUCGGCCACCGGCAACUACCGCAUGAAUGGCACCUUCGCCAACUCGAUCCACGCCUUCGGCGAGGGGCCCUUCAACAUAACUGUUAAAGACCUGAAUGCCACGGGUUUCGUGAUCGUCACGCCAGAAGGAGACCACCUCAAGGUGAAGGAUGUCUUCGUCGAAGUGAAUCUUACCAGCCUGCAGGUGGACCUUCAGGGGCUGUUGGGCGGCGGUGAGACGGGCCGGCUGCUGAGCGCCGCCAUCGGCGACGCGGCGCCGCGGCUGCUGCAGGAGCAGCGCGCCGACGCCACGCGCUACGUUUCGGCCUUCGUGCGCGACGCGCUGGACCGCCAGCUGACGUCGGUGCACGCCGCCGCCUGGACGCGCGCCUACCGCUCCCUCGUCUGCGCAGCCACCGUGGGACUCGUCUGCCGCGCGCCCACCUAACGCGCAUGCGCCGAAUCCUGUGUAGCGUCACGACGUAGUGCGCAUGUGCAACACUUCAGCGAGCGAUCUUCGCCAAUAAAGGCGACUGCCAUCUACAGCAAAGUGUCUUUCGUUAUUUUCGUAACUCAGGACAGCGCCCGGGGAGGAACUUUUAUGUGACACUUGUCGGUAAUCAUUCGUACUAUCCUACUCGGUAAUGUUAGCUAAUGGCUACGGCGGAAAAAGUAAUGAUUAGUACGUUCUUUAUGUUCAUUGCACAUACAUUUGGUCUAGUUACGGUACUACGUAUUGAACUUACCUUGAUCAUUAUGAGGGGGAUGUAAGGUACUGGAGGAAGCAAAAUCCGCCGAGCACAUAAACCACACCUUCCUCAUA